UCCUCUCUCCCUAUUGGGCGGAUGUCCAGGGCACCGUGUACACCAAAACCAACGCAGAGAUUGAGAUGAAGAAGAUCAAUAGAGAGGAAUUCUGGGAACAAGCCAAGCGUGAGGAAGAGUUGAGAAAGGAGGAGGAGAGGAAGAAGGUUGUGGAGGAGAGGCAACGCUUCGAGGAGGAGAGGAUGGAGCUGGAAAGGAAAGAGCAGGAGGAUAGAGAGAAGAGGUACCGCGAGAGGGAGAGGCAGAUCGAGGAACACAGAAAGAAGAUACAGGAGGAAGAGGAGGCCAAAGAGAGGACACGGAACCAGCCCCUCGUA